UUGUCAAAAGCGCGUAACGCAUAAAGGGACGGCAUCAAAAUUUAGCCAUCAAACAACGGCACAAAUUCAAAAAACUUCAAAUUCGCACACAUUUCGGGCGCAAUUUGUUGGAAAAUCCCAAACAUUUGUGUUCUAUUUACCGUUUACUAAAAUUUAUUGAAAGCUUCCUAUAUUGUGUGUGUUGGUCGGUGUAGAAAUCUGAACAUACGGCGGAAAUGCCCAGCGAAAUCAUCACAUUGCAGCUGGGCCAGUGCGGCAACCAGAUUGGGUUCGAGUUUUGGAAGCGGCUCUGUUUGGAGCACGGCAUUUCCCCGUCGGGUGUGCUGCAGGAUUUUGCCACAGAUGGCAUCGACCGGAAGGAUGUGUUUUUCUAUCAGGCGGAUGAUGAUCAUUAUAUUCCUAGGGCGGUGCUGCUGGAUCUGGAACCGCGAGUUAUUCAUACAAUUAUGACGUCGCCGUACGCAAAGUUAUACAAUCCGGAGAACGUUUACCUGUCAAAGGAUGGCGGAGGCGCCGGAAACAAUUGGGCUUCCGGGUUUAGCCAAGGUGAGAAGCUGCACGAGGAGGUGUUCGAUAUCAUCGAUCGGGAGGCCGAUGGCAGUGACAGCUUGGAGGGAUUUGUUCUGUGUCAUUCGAUUGCCGGAGGAACCGGAUCCGGCAUGGGUUCGUAUAUAAUGGAGAGACUGUCGGAUCAUUUUCCGAAGAAGCUGGUACAAACGUACAGUGUUUUUCCGAAUCAGGAUGAGAUUAGCGAUGUGGUGGUUCAGCCUUACAACAGUUUGCUAACGCUGAAGAGAUUAACGAGUUGCGCGGAUUGUGUGGUCGUUUUGGACAAUACUGCGCUGAACAGGAUUGCAACCGAUAGGCUUCACCUGGAGAAUCCUAGUUUUACUCAGAUCAAUACUCUAGUCUCGACGAUCAUGUCCGUUAGCACAACAACCCUUCGGUAUCCUUCCUAUAUGAAUAACAACCUGAUCGAGUUGAUAGCUCCUCUGAUUCCGACAUCUCAGCUGCAUUUCCUCAUGACCGGUUACACCCCACUGGCCACCGAUACGGAUACGGUCAGCGUACAAAAAACCACAGUUCUUGACGUGAUGCGACGUCUGCUCCAGCCAAAGAACAUGAUGGUGUCCACCGGCCCGGACAAGACUAAUCACCAUCGGUACAUAUCGAUCCUGAACAUCAUUCAGGGUGAGGUAAAUCCUACCCAGGUACACAAAUCGAUCCAGCGCAUCCGGGAGCGUAAACUGGCCCAAUUCAUCAACUGGGGCCCGGCCAGCAUUCAGGUGGCCUUAUCGCGAUCCAGCCCAUACGUUCAAAGCACCCAUCGAGUGUCCGGUCUGAUGUUGGCCAAUCACACCAGCAUCUGUUCGUUGUUCGAGCGGGCACUCAGCCAGUAUGACAAACUCUGCAAGCGGGGCGCCUUCCUGGAUCAGUUCAAGCGGGAGGACAAAUUCAAGGACGAUCUGAGCGAGUUCGACGAAAGCCGAGACGUUGUGGAUGCGCUUGUUCAGGAAUACGAAGCAGCCACCCAGGCGAACUAUCUCAGCUGGCAUGCGAAGAAAGCCACCGGCGAGUAAAGUAGUGUGGAGCGUUUGACCGAGUUUCAGUCUCAGCUUCCUCCUCAGAUGCGUGUGUUUUUAUCCCGCAUGAAACAAUCUCCUCAAAGCGCCCGGUUUUGUUACGCUUAUAUCGAUAACCAAGGAAGGCUUGCGAUUUUGCCUUCGAAGUUUUGAACUAAUUCCCUAUUACUCUGCUAGUAUGUUACGAACAAGCGCACCAAGCGAUCUUAGUAUCAUUCCCCUUCUUCCAGUGACUAAGAAUCUUGCCGCACGGGAAUCUCCAGUGAAUCGUUAAAAACCCACUCUCCUAUGAACAUUACCUAAAAUGUACAUUAAUUGUAAAAUGUGAAGCUAACAAAAAUGCGUGGUGAAUGUAGUGCGCGCUCUCUACGUUCCGGAGAAAUAAUUAUUCGUAUACAAUUAGGUGUAUCGAUGUAACCGUUAAAAGAUGCACGUGCAUGUUGCCAAUAAAACUGUGUUACAAUGAUUA